AUGAUCUCAGCUCCAUUUUCAGACAGCCUCAUCGCACCCCAGUUGAGUCACGUGCCAGAUUUGUUGAAGUUCGCGAAACAAAUCCACAGCAGCCAAUUACACAAGCACACCACUGAGAUGUCAUUUUUACGAAUUGGGCUUUCGGUGACGCUCGGGGCGUCGUUGAUGCAUUUUUCCACACCACCAUUACUUUGUGAGACGAAAAGAAGGUUCUACGAUGACGAAAAUGCCGUAAAUCCCGUUCCUGGCACCGUCACCAAAUCGGCCGGGACCGAAUUGGAAGCCAUGGGGCCAAGUAAACUUGUUGAUGGGGCUUCCGUGCGCACGUCUUCGACCUUGGAAUCUGCCAUUAAGUCGACAAGACUUUUCGCCGCUCAAUCGGCCGAAAAUAUUAGCUCCUAUGUUGAUGAAGCCUACGCCAAAUAUCACAGUGCCGAGAAAUCAAUAACCUCCACAGCCAGCAAGCUCCACGACCGGUCCGAGGACUUGUUGCCGAACUCGAUUUACAUUGUUGUGGCGACUUUGAGUGGAAAUAUUGCUGCUCGUCAGCGUGGAAUUUUGGCCAAAAUGACAUUUCCAGUCGUUUUCGGUCUUGCUGCCUUCCGUUACUUUCUUCCACAAACCUUUUCCAACACGGCGUUCUUUGCAUGGAAACUCGAGCAGGAAAACCUUCCACAGAUUGCCAAACAACAGCUGGCGGCAGUGGAUUCGGCCGUAGGAAUGGUUAACUCUGUAGAAAGAAAGACCAAAGACGGACAGACAUAUAUUGGAAACAGUGUUGAGUCACUCAAGAAGUCGAUUGCGGAUGUGACAGGUGUGGAUAUUGACGCCGAUGCAAGAAAAUAG